AUGUCGCAGAGAAGAAAAAUGAAUUUCUCGACGCAAUUGAUCAUUCUUAAUUAUAUACUAUCCGCAAUUUUAACUGGAAUUUGUGCAAGUAACAGUCUCAGAGGAUGGGACACUACUCACUUUGGUCCAGCUCCGCUUUUAGAAAAAUAUUCCUGGAAGAUUUUAGAUUUUGCAUAUCCCGACGAGUCGAGUAGAAAGCUCGCAAUGUCAAUGGGAGAAUAUAUACCUGAGAAUGCGUUACCUGUAGGAAUAGAAAUAUGGCGUAACAAGCUAUUCGUCACAGUUCCAAGGUGGCGAAAUGGUAUACCAGCGACAUUGAAUUACAUACCGUUGGAGAAACAUAUUGGUGGUUCACCUAAACUUAUUCCAUAUCCAAAUUGGGCUCAAAAUAAAGCUGGUGCUUGUGGAUCUGGGUUAACUACUGCAUAUAGAAUACACGCGGACGUUUGCGAUAGAUUAUGGGUUUUGGAUACUGGUACUAUUGGAAUUGGAGAUACAACAGUACAAGCAUGUCCCUACACGUUAAACAUUUUUGACUUGACAACAGAUAAAAUUUUGAGACAAUACAGAUUACGACCGGAGGAUAUUAAUCAGAAUACUUUCAUUGCGAACAUAGCCGUUGAUCUUGGAAAGGGUGGUUGCGAUGAUGCAUUUGCCUACAUGUCGGAUGAACUUGGUUACGGAUUGAUAGUUUAUUCUUGGGGACAAAACAAAUCGUGGAGAUUAACUCAUAGUUAUUUCAUGCCCGAUCCACUUGCUGGCGAUUACAAUAUAGGUGGUCUUAAUUUUCAAUGGGGUGAGGAGGGUAUUUUCGGUAUGAGUCUUUCGCCAAUUGCAUUGGACGGUUAUAGAACAUUAUUUUUCCAUCCGUUAAGUAGUAACAGAGAAUUUGCCGUUUCAACUAAAGUCCUGAGAAACGAGGAACUUGCUAAGGACAGCUAUCACGAAUUCCAGGCAUUGGAAGAAAGAGGACCAAACUCGCAUUGUACCUCAUCGGUAAUGGACGAGAAUGGUUUGCUAUUCUUUAAUUUGGUAGAUCAAAAUGCAGUAGGAUGUUGGAACUCUCAGUUACCAUAUACACCCGCUAAUCACGCGAUAGUGGCAAAACACGACGAGGCUUUAAUAUUCCCAGCUGAUGUUAAGGUAAAUCGUGGUACGAUUUGGAUGAUAUCGGAUAAGAUGCCAGUAUUUUUACUUUCGUCGUUGAAUUAUACCGACGUUAACUUUAGAAUAUUAACCGUACCAGUCAGGGAAGCAAUAUCUGGUACUGUAUGCGAAAAUACACCAUGGCAAUACAUAACUACUAAUCGCCUUUGGUGCGACUGA